AUCCGGAUUUCUACUACCACCAUACAAACCCUCGCCCCAUUUCUCCCCUCUCCCAAUCUCGCUCUGUGCCAGUGUCUACCGAAGCUUUUCGAUUUCGAAACCCUAACUACGAAUCUCUCUCUCUCGAGCUUCCAUUCGUUUCAAUCUCCUUCUUAAUUCUAUUUCUCCUUCUCAUCCCUCAAUCUCCAAACGGAUCCUCUCUCAUUGACCGUUCGAUGGCUGAAGGCAAGCUUGAUCUUCCCGACGAUCUUCUCUCCUCCAAACACUCUGAUCAUUCUUGGACCUCUAAAGUGGAAUUUUCUGGAGGGAAUGGUGAAGAUAAGAUGACCGGUUAUGAUCCCAAAGAUCAAGCAGCUUUGGACAACAGCAUCCCCUUGUCUCCUCAGUGGCUCUAUUCUAAACCAGGCGAGAGUAAGAUGGAAAUGCGGGCACCAAGUUCUCUCUCUCUUGGGAGCUCUGCUGAUUCGGGUGUGAAGGAGGCUUGGCGUACGGAGGGAUCUGAUGACAAGAAAGAUUGGAGGAAGCAGAGGAUGGAGAUGGAAGAAGAGAGGCGUCUUGGUUCUAUCUGGCCUGGGCCUGUUGAUGAAACCACUCAGUUUCUAAGAAAUGCUGGUGGGCUUCACCGAGUCAACUCCAGUGGCCUCAGUCCUUUAGAUGUUUAUCAGCAACAACAGAGGCUAUCUCCAGAUGAGUUGAGUCAUCUUUCAAUGCAAGAGAGACUUCAGCAGCGCUCAUUGCGUAUGCCAGGUGGUGGUCCUGCAAUGAACCUUGAUGUUAAUUCCAUGGGUCGAGUUAAUCAGAAUAUGCAGGAGUUCAAUUCUCCAUUGCACCACGGUGGUGCUGCUAAUCAGCAUCCGUUAGCCUCAAACCGCUUCCAUCCCUCUCAAAUGGGUGUGGGUGGUGCGGAGGGACAAAUGGCAAAUGAGUGGAUUCAACAGCUGCAUAUUGAUAACGAAAGGCAGAAGGAAGUGAGAAGGAUUUCUGAAGAUCCGAGUGUUUGGAUGUCUGCUGGAAGCAAUGAUGAUCCUUCAAAGAGGUUGCUUAUGGAACUGCUUCAACAGAGUCAGAACCCGUCUACUAGUGAGGAAGCAUUAACAUUGGAUGUGAGUAAUAGUAAUAUGGCACGGUCCGAAUCCGAUAGUAGGGAAAGGGAUUAUCCGAGUCAUGCAUUUGAGGGCAUUGGUGUUGGUUAUGGAUACAGACCACAGGGACAGGGACAGGGACAGGGACAGGGACAGGGACGGUCGGUGGGUUUGGGUGAGGAGACAAUAGUUGGGGAGGGUAGAAUGCAUACUAGACCAUUCUUUUCUGAGACUCAGGAGGCAGUCUAUACAAAUUCCAACAUGCAGGGAAACAGAAAAGUACCUAAAAGUGAAGGUGGCAACAAUAACAUGAUGAUAUGUGUAGCCGCAGAAACUCAACAAGGUGGUGUUGCUGCUAUAGAUCAUGGGGAAAUGCCAAAUAAUUUUGCAGGUGGGAAUAAAAGCUUGUACAAUGACAGGGUUGAGUCUUUUGCAGCAGCAGGAGGAGGAGGAGAGGGUCAAGACAGGGGGUCGAAAAGGUGUAGUAGUAGUAGUGAUAAUAUAAAUAUAUUGGUGAGACGUCCUUCAUCAUCAUCAUCAUCUCAUGAAGGGGGGUUAUGUGAGGUGGAUUCAACUUUCAGAGAAAGAGAAACUAGGGAGAACAUGAUGAUGAUGGUAGGUGGUGGUGGUGGUGGGUUUAGGAGGACGUCAUCAUUGAGUGAUGCAUCAGUGGCAGUAUCAGGGACGGCAUCUUUUAGCGACAUGCUUAGAAGCAAUAGUAAUAAUAAUCAUCAUCAUCAUCUUAUUAGGAAGCCACCCUCACCAGAUCCAGAGGGUGCAGCAGAGGGACACAAUAGCAAAACUGGUACUGGCGGUGGUGGUGGGAAAAAGAAAGGCAAAAAGGGGAGGCAGAUCGACCCGGCUCUGCUUGGGUUUAAGGUUACCAGCAACCGUAUUAUGAUGGGAGAGAUCCAACGCAUACAAGAUUGAGCCCCUCCUUUCCCCAAGUUUUGUUUUUUUAUUUUUAUUUUUAUUUUUAUUUAUUCUUUCUUGUGGUAUUUAUAUCUAUAUGUAUAUGUAUAUGUAUAUGUAUAUGUAUAUGUAUUGUAUGUAUGUAUGUAGAGAGUAUUGGUUGGUUUGGUUGCAUAGAGUAACUGCAUCUGUAUGUACUAUAAGUUUUUUUCUUUUUAUGUAACAUUCGGUCGGUCAACAUUACAAAGUGCCAAGCUGAUUUUACAUUCCAGUGCUGCCUGCUUUGGAAAUAACGUAAAAAUUAUUUCAGACUUAUCAUAAUAUAAUAUAAUUAAUUACUAAUUACAUUCUUCUUUCUAGUUCUACUCCUUUUACAGGUGAUAAAAGGUAAGAAGAGCGGAUAAAACUAGAAGCCUGAAUGAAAAUUUUGG